GUGACCAAUCAUGGUUGUCAAAACCACGUGACAUGAUACAAUUGUUUAUGUAAUCAGAACAACACGAUCCUUGAAAAUUUUGUGUGAUAUUUCAGAAGUAGGUUGUGCACAAUUUUUAUUUUUAAAUUUUUAUUAUUUACUUAUUUAGUUUUUUUUGUUAAUUCUAUUUAUUCUUAUUAUUUAUUUAUUUACGUUAUUUUAUUGUAUUUUACUUUUACUUUUAUUUGCUCUAAUUUAUUUAUUUUUGUAUUUUUAUUUUAUUUUCAAUUUUCAAUUUUUAUAUAUAUUUUAUUUAUUUUAAACUUUUAUUUUAAUAUAUUCUUUGUUUAUUUAUCUUUUUUAAAUAAAUUAUUUUAUCUAUUUUUAAUUUAUUUAAAAAACAAAUUUCCAUAAGACAGUCAUACAAAGAUCCCGGAUGUUUUGAUCGUCCGCUCUCAAUCGUCAUGGUUUCUCGUCAUUGCAGCCUACCGACCCUCUUCUAGCAACAUUUUCAGCGAAUGGGUUGCACGGACAGCAAGAUCGGCGACACAGCCACUGCACUGUCGCAACUCCGCGCCUCCACGACGUCACAGACUUGCAGUCACGUGGACGUCCGUACCGGCGCUCGCGUUGAGACGACCGUCUCCGAACACGACCCCGUCGUCAUCAUGAUAUUUGGUGGACCUGGAACAGGCAAAGGCAAGGUCAUCGAGCAUCUUCGUUCGACGUUCGGUUUCCAACUCAUAAACGGCGAAGACUUGAUAGUGCGCGGGAUACCCAAAAAACUGAAGAUUUCGCGUAACAUUGUGUUGAAAACGCAUGAGGACAUAAAACUGUUGCUGGACGACGAACCUCAUCAUUUGUCAUUGGAAUGGCUGUGCAAGAUGGUGAGUCAGGAAAUAAUGGAUCGGCAAGUGAAAGAGAUGCGGAAUGUUUAUUUGGUCGAUUUGAUGCCGAACUUGAAGUUCAUGUUGAAGAAUGAACAUUUGGUGAAGGAGGAUUGUGCUGCGGCAAUAAACGAGUUUGAAGCAAAGUUUCCAGGUACAGUCACUGUGGAGCUACAUCUGCCUGUUGAAUACCUAGCCAAGACAAAGUCAUUGUUUCAUCCGAGACUAACGAAUACCAAAGACAGUCCAGGCGGCCAGAGUGACGAAGCUGAUAUGUCCCGCACGUCCAGAAGACAUGCGCUGUAUGAGAAGGCGGCCAACUCGUUUGUUAAAUAUUUUUCACAAGCUGAGCGUUUGAUCGAGGUCGAUGCCUCAUCGGGAGACAAGGUGGCAAUAUGGGAGGCUGUCAGGAAGUUGAUGUCGAGUUUACGCUUUUCAGCAAAGAUUCAUGAUCAUGUCUUGGUGUUGUUCAAUUUUAGUAACUUGCACUUGGAUUGGAACCUUCUCAAUAUGCAUGUUAUUCGGCUGGUGGAGAUCGCUUCCACAACAGACUCAGUGGAAUCGGCAGUGGAGACUCUAGCGCGUUAUGUCGAAACAACAUCUUUCGAGUGCUUGAAAUUUGUCGUUCAAGUCGAAGGAAGUCAACUGGACAACAUCAAAACAGAACAGUUGAAACGUGCAGUUAUGUUCACUGCUCCUGCUCCCGGUCACUGUGAUCAACAAGUCCGAGAAAUCAACGACGCCAUAGGACAGCCUGACUACUUCAAAGCUCUCUGCUCUACAGACGAUGAGACACUCGUCUUCCCAUCAUCCCUAGGCAACGAAUUCUGUCGCAGAUUGACACUCUUGUUUUCAGAGAGCCACAAGGCAUGCUCAAAAAAGACGACCGGAAAUUGUUUGUAACAACAGCUGCUACAUAAUCAGGAAGCAAGUGCAUGUACAGAUUGACGUGGGAUGACUAGCUGAUGUACAUUAAGAUUCAUUUCUAAUUGAAAAGAUAUUUUAGUAAUACAAGUAAUACAUAGGGAUAUUUUUGAUGUUGCUACAUUUUAUUAAUAUUAAUGAGGACAUUAUUUUGUACAUGCAAAAUUAAAAAUAAUAAUGUGAUGAUAUAUUUUUA